GCUCUUCUUCAGCUCGACUCCACACCACCAGUCCCAGUCCAGUCUAUUCCAGUCCAGUCCGCCUGUCUUCAGCUCCACUCCAAUCCGCUCCUUUGUCCAUUCUCCAUCCCUCUUUCCUCUUCUUCUUUCUUUCUCCUCCUUCUUUAUUCGUCUCUUUCUCCCCUUCCUUUUGCUUAUCUCCCCACUUCCAUAACACUCGAGACUUCUUGAGCGACUGACCACCGCUCAUCCUUUCCUCUUCGAUCAACCCCCCUCCCUCUACUCCACCCCUCACAAUGGCAACUCCUCCUAGGUCCACCAGCCACUUCAGCGCCGAGCAGCGCCCUUCCCAAGACCUGCUCUCCUCCUCGCCUCAGCGUGAGGCCGCCACCAAAUUGCUCUCGUCCUCACCAUCGAUCCCACCCUUCUUUGGAAGAGCUGCCUCGCAUGGCAGCAGCGUCAACGGGGAUGGCCAGACUCCAGUAUCGUCCUGGAGAUCGCCCUCGACCCUGCAGAACUACCGCUCCAACGACGCCACUGCCUCGAACGAUGCUUUUAACAGCGCCGGACAAGCACACCGCUCCGGCCUCGACAGCAGCAGUAAUAGCAUCAGUGGCAGUUAUGUUGGCAGUCCAGCCUAUCUCGACUCUAUCAAUUCGAUCGUCGAUAUCCCUGCAGACGAGGCUUCCAAGGUCGUCAAAAAACACCUUGUCCUGAACUCGCCCUCGCGCGACAGCUUCGAUUCUGACCGCAAUGGUGCUGGCAGCGGCGGUCCCUCAGGCUCAAACGGCGGUCACCACGACGGCGCUGGUACUGGAGAGGUGGUCGACUACACGACUGCAUUCAAGUUGCCUGGAGGCGCCAUCACUCGUGAUGUCUACAAGUGGCAGGCCGAUCAGGAGAAUGAGCAGAACCGUCGAGCGCGCUCAAGGUCCUUCCACCUGCCUCGACCUGUGGAGCCCUCAGUCACGACCUUGAAGCAACCCGGUGGAAUGCGACGAUACCAUAUGAUCAUGAAGGCAGAGGCCUCUGGACGACAGGCCAAUGUGUUUACAAAGAGCUUUAUCGACUUUUUGGCCAUGUACGGCCACUUUGCCGGAGAAGAUCUGGAUGACGACGAGGGUGGGGACUUUGUACGCUAUGACGAGGAAGACGCGCAAGGAGGGGGGGCAGGCUCUGGAUCAGGCACUGGCGGCACCGAAUCCACACCCUUGAUUCCAAAAUCACAACAAGCUCCCCAAGGAGACGCAACGCCCGCCAAGGCUGUGUUUUUGCUGCUCAAGUCGUUUGUUGGAACUGGAAUCAUGUUCUUGCCUAAAGCGUUCAACAAUGGUGGUAUCCUGUUUUCGUCGGUUGUCUUGGUCGCCAUCGCGGGAAUCUCGCUGUUCUCAUUCCUAUUGCUGGUCGAGUCCCGUCAGGUGGUGCCAGCAUCAUUUGGUGACAUCGGAGGCCAUCUCUACGGACCAUACAUGCGUCAGGCGGUAUUGUGGUCGAUCGCCAUUUCUCAGGUCGGCUUCGUCUGCGCUUACAUGAGCUUUGUCGCAACCAAUCUGGAGGCCCUUGCCAGGAAUGUUCUCGGCGCUACCGAAAUGUAUCCUUCUUACAUCUUCGUGCUCGCCCAGUUGAUCGUUUUCAUCCCUCUGGCCUUGAUCCGUAACAUUGCCCGUCUGUCGUUUACUGCCGUAGUAGCAGAUGUGUUUAUUUGCUUUGGUCUCAUUUACAUGUAUUAUUUUGAUAUCUUCACCUUGUCGACAAAUGGGUUGAGCGAUGUGUCCCUCUUCAACCCGAAAGAUUUCGCUCUCUUUAUUGGAACUGCCGUAUUCACCUUUGAGGGAAUUGGACUGAUCAUCCCCAUCACAGAGUCGAUGAAGGAGCCGAAAAAGUUCCCCAAGGUUUUGACCGGCGUCAUGAUCGGUAUCACGAUUCUGUUCACGUCCUUUGCAGCCUUGUCCUAUGCAACCUUUGGUUCAAAGACCGAGACUGUAGUCCUCUUGAACUUGCCCCAGAAGAGCCAUUGGGUCCAGUCGGUCCAGGUACUGUAUUCGAUCGCUAUUAUGCUGUCGAUCCCUCUGCAACUCUUCCCUGCCAUCCGUAUCAUGGAGAACGGCAUCUUUACGCGCUCGGGCAAGUACAACACGCUAGUCAAGUGGCAGAAGAACUUUUUCCGAGUCUUGUCCUUGCUGGGCUGUGCUGCUAUCGCCAUCUGGGCUGGCGAGGACCUUGACAAGUUUGUGUCCAUCGUUGGGUCUGUUGCAUGUAUUCCACUUGCAUACAUCUUCCCUGCCAUGUUCCACUACAAGACGCAUCCCAACAGGAAGACGCGUAUCAUCGAUGUGAUGUUGGUUAUCUUUGGGGUAGUCACCAUGGUGUACACGACAGGCAACACUAUAUACGAACGAAUCCGGGGCUGAGCAGGGAAACAACAGCACAGCAUCGUCCAAUGCUUCAGUACUGGUUCAGCAACGUUGUUCCUUUAGAAUCGCAUCAUAUCGCUAUCUAGCAUGACUUUAUGGCACGCAAUAACAACAUUCUUUUAUAUAUCAUCAUGAGAAAU